AGUAGAGACACCUGCAAGCAGGAACAGUUCAAGAUGAAGAUUUCUGUGGCGACCUUUACUUUCUUUUUCCUCUAUGCAUGUGUGGCUGAAAUCACAGCUCAGCCAACAGGAGACAGGGAUAAUGACACCAUUCAGUCAUUUGGUGACAAAGACCACGGCCAGAAAACCAUUGAACAACUUUUUGUCAUCCUAAGAGAGCUAGAAACCAAACUUAAAGACACCCAGACAGAGAUGGAGGCCCUGAAGUCACAAGUUCAAGGCAACAAGAUAGCAUUUGGAGCAUCGAUAAGUACAGGCGGAAAUAUUGGACCUUUUAAUACCCACAUCAUACUGGUCUACAAAAAAGUUUUCUUCAAUACAGGAUCAUUCAACCCAGGAACAGGUAUUUUUACAGCUCCUGUCAAAGGAGUCUAUUACUUCAGCUUCUCUGGACAUAAUAUAUCAACUCAAUCAAUGGGCCUGCAACUGAUGAAGAAUGGACAGCAGAUGGUCACUGUCUACAACCAUGCUGCUGGAAAUCGUUAUGAGACGGCAACCAAUGGGAUGACUCUGCAGCUUGAAGUUGGAGAUCAGGUUUACAUGAGACUGAUACAAAACACCUGGAUUUUUGACAAUUUAAAUGAUCAUAGUACUUUCAUUGGUCAUUUAUUAUUUCCUUUGUAAGGUUCCUGCAAAAAGAAUAAAGCUAACUUGCACAUGUAAUAGAUUUUAUUUCAGUGAUCAUUUUUAGUGGUAAUACUUACUGGUGGGGACAGAAAUCAGGAUAAAAUUAGAAGCUUUGUGAGGUAUAUCUCAAAUGUGGUGUUCUGAUAUAUGUAAUUAAAACAAAUCUACAAUCAUAUUCAUAUUUGACCAAUUAAAAUCCUAAUAAAACACUAUUUUUUUCAUUGCA